AUGAGAGGAGGAUUAACAUCAUCGGCAAUUACUCACAAACACAACAAAUUAACAAACAGUUAUUUGGCUAUUGAAGAAGAUUUGUCUAGUCUGUCCAACCCCAAAACUCAAUCAACGAACGAUUUAUUAAUGUCUAAUUUACUCAGUUCUUUCGCUCCCCAAGAUUUGCUUUUGUCUAAUUUUAAUGCUCUAAAUGAACAAUUUCACCCACAAAAAAUGGAGGAUGACAUUGAGACAAUUAUUGUGGAUACUGAUUUAAAUAAAAAAUCAAAAGAAGAAAAUGAAGAGUUAAAAAAUGUUGAAAUUGAACAACAAAAUAAGCGGCAACAAAAUAAUAUUCAAGAAAAUAAUGAUGAUGUUGUUGUUACUAAUGAAAAUUUGAAGGGGAAAAGGAAGAGAAAGAAGGAUGAUAUUUAUGCCGAUUCGUUGAGCGGUUUGGAUUUAUUACUUCGACAACGUAUUGAAGUAACAAAUGGACAAAUUACUGCUAACGGGCAUGAUAACCAUCAACAACAACAUCAACGUCAACAACAACGUUCCUCAUAUUCUCCAGCACCUUUAGAACCUUCAAAUACAACAAAAACUAAAUUAUUAAAUUCAAAUUCUUUGAGUGGAAGUGAAGGAAGUGGGGGAGGAGUUACUAUUUGUGGUACUAAUUCUGUUUGUGGAGGUGGAGGGGGAACUAUUGAUGAUGUUAAUGAAUCUUUUGGACGUUGUAUUGUUCAUCAACUCCAAAUGGUUGCAAAGAAAGAUGCUCUUUUAUGUGUGCAAAUGCGAAAAAAAUUAUUGGAAGUCUGUUUUGAAUAUGAAAUGCAAGCUUGUAAAAUUUCAAAGACUGAUGAUUAAAAUUUUAAAAACAAAAAGUCACUUUCCCUCUUUUUUUCCACUCACUUUGUGCUAUUACCUUUUUUGUUUUAAUUUUAUUUUUGCAUUUAUUUUGUCACUACAAUUAUUUUCAUUUCUCUUUUUUGAUAAAUUAAAUAUACCUCAGAAAAAUUUUAUUAAUUGUCUCAAAUAGCUUUAGCGGAUCCAGGGAAAUCCUGUAUAUCCGAACCGAGAUUUACGAAAAGACUUUUUUGAAUGCGGAUCAGGGCUGCGCAAAUUGCGGAUUGUGUGGGUUUUUGGCUUGUGGACCGCGGGUUUUAAAAUUAAGAUUGCGGAAUGCAAAAAAUUUUUUUCAU